AUGAAGAAGAAAAACCCAGGAAGUGAAAAGGUUCAGGCGAAGAAGAUGAGCGCAGAAGCUGCGGACAGAGAGGCCGCAACUUCGAGCCGGCCAUGUACUCCUCCUCAGACUUCAUGGUUUGAAUUCUUACUGGAUGAUUCAUUGCUGGAGGCUCACCUACAGAAAUCUUCUCCAGAUCCACCACCUGUUCAGCUGAUUGUCCAGUUUCUAGAGCAAGCCUCCAAACCCACUGUAAAUGAGCAGAAUCAAGUACAACCCCCUACCGACAACAAGAGAAAUCGCACUCUGAAACUGUUGGCUUUGAAAGUGGCAGCUCACUUAAUGUGGGACCUUGAUGUGCUGGAGAAGAGUUUAUCGGUACCCGUGCUGAACAUGCUGCUCAAUGAGCUCCUUUGUGUGAGUAAAGUACCUCCAGGAACAAAGCAUGUGGACCUGGACCUCUCCAGCUUACCUCCAACCACUGCCAUGGCCAUCAUGCUGUACAACAGAUGGGCAAUCAGAACUAUUGUGCAAAGCAGUUUCCCUGUGAAGCCAAUUAAGCAGGGUCCACUACAACCAAAUGUAAUGAAUCAAAUACAACAAGAAAAAGAGCUCACUGAAAAUAUUCUUAAAGUGCUGAAAGAACAAGCAGAGGACUCGGUCUGUGUGCUAGAGGAGGCCAUAAAACUAAAGAAGUCUUUCUAUGUCCAUACCAUGAGGACCCUGGACCUGUUAGCGAUGGAGCCUGGAGCUGUGAAUGGGGAAACUGAGAGCUCCACUGCUGGUUUAAUGAUCAGUUCUGAAGAGAUACAAUGUCAGGUGUGCUAUGACCUUGGAGCCUUUUACUUCCAGCAAGGACCCACCAACCCAUUAAAUUAUGAGAAGGCUAGAGAGCAUGUUUUCAACACCAAACAACUGGUAUCCAAGAUUGGUGCCGACUCUGCCCACUGCGCAAUAGAUCAGAGAAGGUUGGCCGGAUACUGCCAGGCAUGCAGUGUUCUAGCCCCAUCAAAUUUGACUGUCCAGCAAUCGUCAACAUAUAGUCAGAUUCAUAACUUUAUGAAGAGUGGUAAUUACCAGGGAAUACUAAAUAUUUUCUAUGAAGAUAAUGUACAUGGUAACCUACCUGACCAGUUCAGACAGUCGGUUUUGAGAGAGCUCUUCCAGAAGGUGCAGCAAGGCAAUGAUGCUCUGAAGGUGAUUUGCUUUAAAAUCUGUGCUUGCAACACAAUGUGGGACAUUCUUAAUGGGCGUCCAGUUAGCGUGCAUUUUCACCAGCUCUUUAUGAAGCCAAACAAUGAGAAAAUAGACUAUCUUCUUGAGGUGUGUUCCAAGGCCCUGAAGAUUGAAGAAGCUUCAGAGUCUCAAAGACGAAUGGUAGCUUCAUUUUUAAAAAACUUGUGCUUGGGCAUUGAAGACUUACAGUUAGUGUUUAUGAUUUCCUCUCAUGAGCUAUUCAUGAAACUGCUGACAGAUGACGAAAGGAAGAUGCUUGUUGAGCAAAUCAGGCAGAGAACAUCCCACACCAAUCUCUGUACUAAGCCUGUGACCUCCUUCUAUGACAUACCAGCAUCUGCCAGUGUGAACAUUGGACAGCUAGAACAUCAGCUCAUCCUCAGUGUGGAUCCCUGGAGAAUUAGGCAGAUUCUGAUUGAACUAUAUGGCGUGACCUCUGACAGCCAGUUCUGGAUUGUGUCUAACAAGUGGGAGGUGCCAACAGUAUACAGCGGAAUAAUCCUGGGAAUUAAAGAUAGCUUGACAAGAGACCUUGUCUAUAUACUGCUGGCCAAAGGCUUACACUGCAGUGCUAUUAAGGACUUUCCUCAUGCAAAACAGCUGCUCACUUCCUGUCUAGAGCUAGUGACAGAAUUCUCUCCCAAGCUGCGGCAGGUUAUGCUUAAUGAGAUGCUGCUACUGGACAUUUACGCUUUUGAGGCUGGGGGCGGAGUCUCCAGCGAUCGGCCACCACCAGAACUCAUCAGCAGAGUACGAGGCUACCUGGAAAUGAGGAUUCCUGACAUUCCCCUCCGACAAGUCGUGGCAGAGGAGUGUGUAGCUUUCCUACUCAACUGGAGAGAAAAUGAGUACUUGACAUUACAAGCACCUAACUCCUUAGUGCAGAACAAUCCCUAUGUCAAGCUCGGACAGCUGCUGGCAGCCACAUGUAAAGAGCUCUCAGGACCGGACAGCCGGAGGGCAGCUAAAGAUCUUUGGGAGGUGGUGUUACAGAUAUGCAGCGUCUCCAAUCAGCACAAGCGGAACAGCGAGGGCAGAAUUAGCCUGAUCAAAAAUAGAGAAUCCACUAUGGGAAUCAUGUACCGGAGUGAACUUCUGUCUUUCACAAAGAAAUUAAGAGAACCUCUAGUGUUAACAACAUUGCUAUCUUUGUUUGUUAAGCUUCAUAAUCUGCGGGAGGAUAUUGUCAAUGAUAUUACUGCUGAACAUAUCUCUAUCUGGCCAACCAGCAUUCCAAACUUCCAGUCUGUAGACUUUGAUGCUGUUGCUGUCACUGUGAAAGAACUGGUAAAAUACUCACUGAAAAUCAAUUCCAAUAACCACAACUGGCUCAUCAUCCAGGCCGAUAUAUAUUUUGCAACCAACCAGUUUUCUGCUGCUUUAAACUACUAUCUUCAGGCUGGGGCUGUCUCGUCUGACUUCUUCACCAAGCAAGUCCCGCCAGAUGUGUAUACUGAUCAGGUGAUUAAAAGAAUGAUAAAGUGCUGUAACCAACUGUGCUGCCACACUCAGGUCGCUAUACUCUGCCAGUUCCUUAGAGAGGUUGAUUAUAAAACUGCCUUUAAAGCUCUCCAAGAACAAAAUGGCCACGAUGCAAUGGAUUCCUACUAUGAAUACAUAUGGGACGUGACCAUUCUGGAGUAUUUAACGUAUUUACACCAUAAAAGGGGGGAAGUCGAUAAGAGACAGAUAGCGAUAAAAGCCAUUGGGCAACCAGAAUUGAAUGCCAGUAACCCUGAGGAAGUGCUGCAAUUGGCUGCACAGAGGCGGAAAAAGACCUUCCUUCAAGCAAUGGCUAAACUGUAUUUCUAA